AUGGCCAGCACUUCGGGAGCCGGCACCAUAGCUGGAGUGCCGGCUGGCUACGGCCGCUCUUGUACCAACUGCUCCCGUGCCAAGUGCAGAUGCAUCUUGAGGCCCCAUGGGGCCGACUGUGAGAGGGCUGCCCAGCUCGAGGAGAAACUCGAAGACCUCGUGUCCAUGUUGCAGGCCUCCCAGCAGCCCGCCGUGGACAACGACUCCGUGUCGUCGCCGUCUCCACAGUCGUUGCCCAGCCGCCUCGACUCCCUCGCCGCCGCCGCCGCCGCCGACAAGCCGCCGUCCCAGGCCGAGAGCUUGCCCAAUAUGGCCUCGGCCCUUGGCCCGGAUGCCCACUUGGCCACCAACGGCCCCCGCGCCCAUCCGGAGCCGACCCCGGAAGAAGCAGAAAUCUACCUGGCCAAAUUCCGAGAUUGGCUCGUCCACUUUCCCUUUCUUCACAUCCCGCCGGAGCUCACUGCCAAGCGACUUCGCAGCGAGCGCCCUUUCCUGUGGAUGUGCAUCAUGAACCUCACGUCCCUGUCAACCUCUCAAGUUCUCAUGCUGAGAGACAAGAUCCGCGAAUACAUCGCCCGGAAUCUCGUUCUCGACUAUCAAGUCAAUAUGGACUACCUGUUGGGACUGCUGGCCAUCCUGGCCUGGGCAAACACAAACACGGGGCUCAAGGUGAAGCCUUGGAUCAUCAUGUUUUCUCAACUUGCCAUCACAAUCAUCUACGACAUGGGCUUAAACAGAGCACCCAACGACGAGCAGCGUCAUACCGUGCAGCUCAAGGUCUGCAUCUCCGGCCCUCGUCCACCAUCCAAGCUAAGGACCAUGGAAGAGCGGAGAGCCGUGCUCGGGUUCUGGUACAGCAGUUCGUUAAUGACUGCCUUUAUGGGAAAGAUGGAGACAUUCGGCUGGAACUCGUACAUGGACGACUGCCUGGACGUUUUGGAACGCGAAAGAGAACACCCACGGGAUGAAAUCCUGGUUGCCCUGGUGAGAAUCCAGCUCGUUAGUGAAGAGGCGCAAAAGCUCCUCCUGCGCGAAGGAAACGGCGACUACCGUGAUGGCCCAACGUACAUAUUCAAGGCGGGGCUGCUCUCGCGCCUCAACGACCUACGCCAAGGCCUCCCCGCGAGCCUGCACUCGCAUGACAUGGUGCAGAUGCACAUACACCAUGCCGAGGUGCAGGUUCACUCAGUCGGCAUCUUCACCGACCAGGUGAUUCCGCUCGCGAUGCGCACCAGCAGCCUGUACGCGUGUGCCAGGGCUGCCACGUCAUGGUUAAAUACCUUCUUUGCUAUGCCUGUAUCCCAAAUCCCGGCAAUGCCCUUCUCGUUCUAUGUCAUCUGGCCCCAGACCAUGUCCGCCUUGUACAAGCUCCUCGUCUUGGAUGAUCCGGCCUGGGACAAGGAGAUACUGCGAAAUGGAGUCGACCUCUCGACGCUACAAAGCAGGCUCAUCGACGUGUUUACCGAGGCCAUUGAAAUUUAUUACCCCGAAAGCGAAGAUAAAAAUGCGGUGCCGAUGUCCAAAACCCCCAGGAUCCUGCGUCACACGAUGAAUUUGUGGGAGCCAGCCAUCUCCCACUUUCUGGGCGCCAGCUUGGCUACUCCCAACAGCGACACAAGGAGCGUUGCGGCCGUGCAGUCUAGGAUGAUGGCUGAGAAUCCGGCCAUGAUGGAGGCGCUGUCGUUUGAUUUGGGCGACCUGACCUGGAUGACGGACAUUUUUGGCCCUGGGGAACUCUAA